AUGCAUUUGGGGAGUUAUAGUCCGCGAGCAGAGCCCCAAGUUGUGCAACCGCACGACAUGCAACUGCAAGACAUGCAACCGCGGGUUGUACACAAGCAAAGUAUACAGCCAUUCGGCGUGCAACCAUACGAUAUGCGAGUGCAAGACAUGAGAUUGCAUGUCCCGCAACUGCAAGGUGAAGCGUCAGCUAUACAACUACAAGAUAUACUAUCGCAAGCUGCUGAUAAAACAUGUGGCAAUUGCAUAAUAACUGUAAAUUGCGGUGGCAAAGACUGUUUGCCGACGAAACAAUCAACAAUUUGGAUACCACCCACACGAGAACCAAUACGUUUGACGCUGCCACCCGCACCAAAGGCAGCUUGGACUUUCGAAACGAGAACAACGCAAACUCCGAAACCAACAUCGAGAGAGUGUCGUAUGUGUCCCUGCUACGCACCUCAGCAGUGUCAAAUGUGUCCAUCAUGUAAAUGA